GGACACACAGACCCUCCUCCCCGCCUCCCUCGGCCAGGCCGGGGGCGCGCGCGCGCGACCGCCCGCAGCAGGCUCCCCCUCUCCGGACUCCGAGGCCCCGCACGGCACCCCCACCCGGGCCCGGAGGAUGAUGAAGCUCAAGUCGAACCAGACCCGCACCUACGACGGCGACGGCUACAAGAAGCGGGCCGCGUGCCUGUGCUUCCGCAGCGAGAGCGAGGAGGAGGUGCUGCUCGUGAGCAGUAGCCGCCAUCCAGACCGAUGGAUUGUCCCCGGAGGAGGCAUGGAGCCCGAGGAGGAGCCCAGUGUGGCAGCAGUCCGGGAAGUCUGUGAGGAGGCUGGAGUGAAAGGGACGCUGGGAAGACUGGUUGGAGUUUUUGAGAACCGGGAGAGGAAGCACAGGACGUACGUGUACGUGCUCAUUGUCACGGAAGUGCUGGAGGACUGGGAAGACUCCGUGAACAUUGGAAGGAAGAGAGAGUGGUUUACAAUAGAAGAUGCCAUCAAAGUGCUGCAGUGUCACAAGCCCGUGCAGGCGUCCUACUUCGAGACGCUGAGGCAAGGCUACUCUGCCAACAACGGCACCCCUGUCGUGGCCGCCACCUACUCCAGCUCUGUGUCAGGCAUCAGAUGACUGCAGACUUCCUGUAAGAGCCGGAGAGUGGAACCCAGACUCAGUGUGGCUCUCCUCACCACCCCCCACCCUCCUCACAGCUCCUCUUCGACCCGGGCGUGGUGGGCAGCAGAGGGUACACUGAGGUGCUGCUGUGGGUGCGGGGUGAUGUGGGUGGGUGUGGCGUGGUGGGAACUUUUCUCUUUCUCUUCUUCCUGAGGUGGGGACUGGGAUGUAAGUCACGAGGACUUUCCUGCAUGCUCCAUCCUCCCUUGCUCGCCCUGCCCUCACACAGGGAACCCGUUCUGCCCCCUGGGUUCUCAAGCGUUCCCAUUCGCCUGAUCCCAGCCUGGCCAGACAUUUUCUCUGAUUUUUUUUUUUUUCCAUUAAAAGACACCCAUGGUGAGAUGAAACUUUGUAGGAAUCUGUCCUGUGAUGUGCUGUUGAGCCCCGUGGGUCGGCUGUGGUCCUUCAGGAUGCAUUUGUCUAUGUUUAUACCCCGACCUGAUAUGUAAAUGAGUGAUUUAGAAAGAGGAUCUUGACUGUUUAGUUUGUCGUUUUGCUUUUUGUUUUUCAUUUUUAUUUUACUUUAUUUUUUAUUCCAGGUAUUUCUAGUUUAAAGCCCCUCACACUUCACAUGUUUGUUCCAGUGCUAAGUGACCAGGCAGGUUUUCCUGUCCUGUAUCCCCAGCCACGGUGAGCUUAGCCAUCUUCCUCAUGCACCCGGGACCCUGGUCUUCUCUAGGCUGUUUCCAUGCCAAGGAACCUGUUUUCUGUUCCCAAGCCUGGAGCAAAUGGCCUCAGCCCAGAGCCAAAGAAACAGUGAUAUAAAUAGAAUUCUGCCCGAUAUGUUCACAGUAGGCUUUAAACUGGAUACCUUCACUGUCUCAGAAACUGGACCAUCAAGCACCAUGUCUGUCCUGCUGGCUGGGAAUUUUUUCCAUAACGCUGUUCAUUGCUGACAUGGCCUCUCUUACCCUUGUCUGCCUUACACCACACUGACCUGGAUAUGGCCCCAUGCUCUGAAGCUGUCCUGCACAGUCCUGUCCCCACGCUGAGAGGCCCCCUGCGGUCCUGAGAAGUACAUGGGGAAAGUGUGCCUGUGUCUCUGAGGUCUGAGCAUGUGCCAAGGGCUGCACCAAGAGCAUGCUCAGAACAUUAGCUUGCUGUGUGCCCUGUGGGAAAGGUCAUCUGUAGGAGGGGCUCACUUACAACCCUCUGGCUUGUGCAGACUCUGGUUGGUGUUCUGUGCUGAACUCAUCCUCCAGUUGUGGUGUUUAGUUGGGACUUAAAGGGGCUUGGACAGGGCCUUGAUCAAGGAGGGUGGGAGGGAGCUGAUUCCUGGCUUAGUGUGGGGCUUGGUACUCUGUGGCAUUGCCUGUGUUGAAAAGUAGCCAAGAUGUGAAAUUAAAAUAGUACUUCUCUUUAUUUAAAAACUAAUAAAUACUCAAACUUUGAAAA